UUCUUUUUUGCUUUCUAUUUUAUUAGCAUUAUUUCUGUGGUUUACUGUUGUAGCUAAAAUCAGGACAAAGGAGAAGAUAAAGAAGUUAUUUUUUCGGGAUAGGAGUAAUAAUGAGGGAGGAAAAGAGCAGGGACAAUCAAUGCAGACAUGUUUGGAUUGACCACUCAAGUAAUGGGAAGUUGAUGGCAGAGAAGGGAAUGGUCUGCUUUAAUUUUGUUGCAGAGGUGGAGGAGAAAAACUCUAAAGAGAGGUUGGUGAAAGCAGAGGGGGUUGGUGUAGCUGUUGUCACUGUUGCUUUCAUUUCUCUGUUUCACUACCUGGGGAUUGUAGUUUAGGCUCUUCUUUUGUUUUUGCCAUUUUUACUAUUUUCUCUACCCCGUUGUUUUCACCUUCCAAGGUGAGAUUUUUCAGGUUUGGAAGUCAUUUUUUGGGUUUUUUUUCUUCAUCUAGCGAUUUCUUGCACGGGGGCUUUGGUGUUGAUACUUUCGGUCCUGUUUUGCUUCUGAUUCCGUCUAACUGGGAGGUCAAUUUUAAUUUUUUUUUUUUUUGGUUUUUUCUGGGUUGUGUCUUGGGAUCGUGUGAAUAAGUUUUGGGGAUUUGAGGUUGCUUUACGCUUAAGUUAAGCGUUGGAUUUGUUCCGGAGUCUCUGGUUUUCUGGGGGAGAUGUCUGAGAAUGUGGAGCUUCUUUCUUCUAUGGGACUGAAUCCUGGAGUUUGUUGUUUGAGAUCUUUUGCUUUCUCAUUUCUUGGGUUGUUUAUGUGGUGAGUUGUAUCUGAAUUGAAUCUUGCCUUAGGUUCAGUGGUGCAGACCCGGAUUAAAAUUAGGGUUUGUCUGAUCAGGUUGAAGGUCAGAGGGGAACUGGAGCUUUCUUUGUUUCUUUCCCCUUUUCCUUUCUUUUGGACUUGCCCUGGAGAUUUUGUUAAAGUUCUUGGCGUUUAUGGAAGAAUCUCUGAUUCGGAGUGUUUGAAUGUUUUCGAUAAAGUAAAGCAUCCGCGGUCCAGCCAAAGUUUGGAGAGUAGCUGAUUCCAUGCGGUUUCCCUCCUCAAAUUAGGGUUUUGAUUUUCGAAAGCAGAGAUGGGCUGACGCCUGCUUUCUGGGUGCGUUGUGGCUGUUUCUUCGUUUCUGGACUUCCUCCGUCGAAGACUGAUUUUGUGAGGAGAGCAUUUCAAUCAAUGCAUCUUUCACUAUGGAAGCCUAUAUCUCACUGUGCGUCCCUAAUCCUGGACAAGAAGAGUAGAAGGAGAGAUGGGUCUGAUUCGACAGAGGAAAGCAAUGGCAAUCCUUCGAACCUCCGGCAGUUACAGGAGAACAAGCUCAGAGAGGCUCUUGAAGAAGCAUCGGAAGAUGGGUCACUCGUCAAAUCGCAAGACAUGGACUCUCAGUCCUUCAACAAUCAAGAUGGGAACUUGGGCAGGUCGAGAUCCCUCGCUAGGCUCCACGCUCAACGAGAUUUUCUCCGUGCCACUGCACUCGCUGCUGAGCGUACCUUUGAGACCGAAGACACUAUUCCUGACCUCCACGAGGCCUUCUCCAAGUUCCUCACCAUGUACCCCAAGUAUGAAUGUUCCGAGAAGAUCGAUCAGCUGAGAUCGGAUGAGUAUGGCCACCUCUCUGACUUGGUUGCCAAGGUAUGUCUCGACUACUGUGGCUUUGGGCUCUUUUCUUAUCUUCAGAGUCUUCAAUAUUGGGAAUCUUGUGCCUUUAGCCUUUCGGAGAUUACUGCAAACUUGAGCAACCAUGCUCUCUACGGUGGUGCUGAGAAAGGCACUGUGGAACACGAUAUAAAGACUAGGAUUAUGGAUUACUUGAACAUUCCUGAGAGUGAGUAUAGCCUUGUAUUCACUGUCAGUAGAGGUUCUGCCUUUAAAUUGCUGGCAGAAUCAUACCCUUUCCAGACGAACAAGAAGUUAUUGACCAUGUUUGAUUACGAGAGUCAGUCUGUUAAUUGGAUGGCUCAGAGUGCAAAAGAGAAAGGUGCAAAGAUUUACAGUGCUUGGUUUAAGUGGCCAACCCUGAAACUCAGCUCCACGGAGCUGAGAAAGCAAAUCUCCAACAAAAAAAGGAGGAAGAAAGAUUCUGCAGUUGGGCUAUUUGUGUUCCCUGUUCAGUCAAGGGUCACCGGGGCCAAGUAUUCAUACCAGUGGAUGGCACUGGCACAGCAGAACAAUUGGCAUGUCUUGCUUGAUGCUGGGUCCUUGGGUCCCAAGGACAUGGAUUCACUCGGUUUGUCUCUCUUCCGACCAGAUUUUAUCAUAACAUCGUUUUACAGAGUAUUUGGGUCUGACCCUACUGGCUUUGGAUGUCUCCUCAUCAAGAAAUCUGUUAUGGGAAGCUUGCAAAGUCAGUGCGUGUACACCGGGUCUGGGAUGGUGAGGAUUGUGCCUGUUUUUCCCAUGUACCUGAGUGAUUCGGUGGAUGAUCUGGAUGGGUUGCCUGGAAUUAAAGAUGAGGAAAUAGAUGGGAAUGAGGAAUUGACACCUCAAACUCGCCGGGGCUCACAGUUACCUGCUUUUUCAGGAGCAUUCACUUCUGCACAGGUGAGGGAUGUGUUUGAGGCAGAGAUGGAACAUGAUAACAGUUCUGACAGGGAUGGUGCAAGCACAAUAUUUGAAGAAACUGAGAGCAUUUCAGCUGGGGAAGUUAUGAAGAGUCCUGUUUUCAGCGAAGAUGAAUCAUCAGACAACUUGUUUUGGAUUGAUUUGGGUCAGAGCCCAUUUGGAUCUGAUCAUUCUGGUCCAUUGAACAAACCAAAGCCUGGUUCUCCAUUGCCACCCUCAUGGUUUACUGGCACGAAAUACCAUACAAGGCUCUCUCCAAAACCAGCAUCAGUGACGUCUAGGAGUCCAAUCUAUGAUGACAGACGGGGAAACCUCAGACCUCGUGAGGAGCAUGUCAUAUCAUUUGAUGCGGCUCUAUUAUCAGUCUCACAGGAACUAGACCGUGUCAAGGAAGUCUCUGAAGAGGAAGAGUUUGCAGAAACAGAUCAUGGAAAGGAUGUGGAUUCUCAGCAUGUCGGUGAGAUUGAGGAAGAAAUCAGGGAAGAAGCAACACUUACUGGUUCUCAGUUUUAUUCUAAUGUAAAUGGAUCUGCACUCAAAGAUCCUUUCAAGAAUGGUAGCCAACAGAGUGGCUCAACCCCUGAAGUAUGCCGAGAGACAAAAGAAAGCGCAAUAAGGAGAGAAACAGAAGGUGAGUUUAGGUUGUUGGAAAGGAGGGAAGGUAACAGAUUUGCUGGAGGUAGAUUCUUUGGGGUGGAGGAGAAUGAAAGAGAUAUGAGCAUGGGUCGGAGGGUAUCCUUCAGCAUGGAGGACAACCGUAAGGAACAUCUAAGUCAUACCCUAGAGCCUGGAGAAGUUUCUGCAGCUACACUUGGUGACAAUGAAUCAUUUAGUGAUGGAGAAGAUGGGGAUGGACUAGAAUGGGAUAGGAGAGAACCUGAGAUAAUAUGCCGGCAUCUUGACCAUGCUAAUAUGUUGGGUCUCAACAAAACUACCCUCAGAUUACGGUACCUGAUCAAUUGGCUUGUGACCUCAUUGCUGCAACUUCGGUUACCUGGUUCAGAUGGUACCACAGGAAAGCAUCUUGUUCAAAUCUAUGGCCCGAAGAUCAAAUAUGAAAGGGGUGCAGCUGUUGCUUUCAAUGUGAGGCACAUUAGCGGGGGGCUAAUUAGCCCAGAAAUUGUUCAGAGGCUAGCUGAUAAACAUGGCAUAUCUCUGGGACUCGGUUUCCUUAGUCAUAUACGGGUUGUGAACAGCCCAAAACAGCACAGUGGGGCAUUAGAUCUAGAUGACACUGCCUUGUGCAAACCAAUGGUGAAUGGUCGCCAAGACAGUAAAAAUGCAAACCUUCGGGUUGAGGUUGUCACAGCAUCCCUUGGGUUGCUAACUAAUUUUGAAGAUGUGUAUAAAAUGUGGGCCUUUCUGGCCAAGUUUCUUAACCCUUCUUUUCUUGAAGGGGACAGACUACCCACUGUCCCCGAGGGUUCAGAAACGUAAUAUAUGCUGGUAUUAUGUAUGUUUUGUUUCAAGUCUAGUGAGAUGGAUGCCAUUGCUGCCAAACCCUCCCCCACCUUUUUCCAAGUACAUUGAAGUGAUAACCAUUCUUUGUGGUGCACUGUCUCUGAGCUUGAGGGGGUUGGAGAUCCAUAAGCAGUCUUUUGAUCUUCAUGGAGUGAUUGUCCAUGAGCGGGUGGAUUUAUUUAUUCUUGUUUCUGUUUUCCCUUGCUUUGUUGGUAUGUAUUUUUUCUUGAAUCCAUGUAGAGUUUGCUUUAGAAAUUUGUUUCAUCUGAAGGAGAGACAUUUGGAACUAGAAACGUAAAUGAAAUGGGCAGUACAGAGAGAAGUUCCACAA